AGUCAGAAGGCUUUAGCUGCACUUGAAGCAAAGCAUUCAUUGUUAAAGAGCGAGUUGGUUGCCAGGAGGGAGGCGCUGGAGAAAUCUCACCUUGAUGGGGAGUUGAUGAAGCAAGAGAAACAUGAGCUUGCCAUGGCAUUGGAGAGGGCAGAACAGUCAAUUGCUGAGUUGACAGGGGUUCAGAAUAAACUGAAGGCAGAAACCGCUGAUCUGCAUGAUGUGGCUGAGAAGAUGAGUGGCAUUAAUGAGGCUCUAGCUUUGGAUAAAAUGCAGUUGAAUCAGCUUGUCCUGCAGUUGGAGCAGGAGAAUCAGGCUUUGUCAAGCAAAGUGAAGGACAUGCAGAGAGCAACAGCCUCUGUGCAGGAGGAGCUGAGCCUGUCCGAAAGAGCAAAUGAGGAGCUCUGUGCAGAGAAAACCCUUCUGGAGCAGUUGCUGCAGAAAGCUAAGGAGGUGCAGGAGGAACUGCAGGCAGAGUUGGGUGUGCUGAGAGAUGAGAGAAAAGAGACCCAUGAGGUGAUGAGUCAGAUGUGUCGCCAGGAGGAGUCAUCCAGCACUGACUUGGAGAAAACACGGCUGGAGUCAAGUCACCGUGGAGAUGCACUGGCUAAAGUAUCCAGAGAAAAGGAAGCCCUGGUGCGUGAGAAGGCAGCACUGGAGGUGCGACUAGGGGCUGUGGAGCGGGACAGACGUGGCCUUUCAGAGCAACUGGCAGAGCUCAGAUCAGCAAAGGAGAUCUUAGAAUCCAGCCUGUUCGAGGCUCAGCAGCAGGUGUCUCAGCUGGAGGUCACUAGGGGUCAGUUGGAAAUCAACGUUCAAACAGUCAUCCAGGCCAAAGAGGUGAUACAAGGAGAAGUGAAGUGCCUUCGUUGUGAGCUGGAAACAGAGAGGUCCACAAUGGAGCGGGAGCGGGAGGAUAUGGCACAGCAGCUCUCACGGACAGAGCAGCAAUAUCAAGAUACCCUUAGCCUUCGGCAAGCUGCGUAUGAGGAGGAAAUGAACAAGCUCCUGCAAGAGCUGAAGAGUGAGCAGGAAUGGCACCGCGCAGAGCUGAAAGAGGUGUCGGAGCUCUCAGCCCAAGAGAAAGCAGAAGCAGAAGGUGCUUAUGAGAAGAAACUGUUGGAGCUGAAGCAGGAGGCUGCUACUAUGCAAUCUCAGAAAGAAGAGGAGCGAGCUAGGGCUGAAAAUGCCAGGCAAGAGGUGCUGCUAGAGAAAGAGAGGGAGAAGGAGUCUUUGCUGGAGGCACUGCUCCAAACACAGGAAGAGUUGACAGAUGCCUGUCAGCAGCUGGAGCAGCUUCGCCAAGAGGUGAAGAAGCAACUGAAAGAGCAGGACACCGUGGAGGGGCUGCAAGCUGAGCUCCAGGAAGCUCAGAAUCAGAUGGAGGCAGUGGAGAGCAGGCACCUGGAAGAGGUCAAAACCCUCAAACAGGAAAUAGACUUUCUCCUUCCGCAGCGAGACACCCUGCAAAACCAGGUGCAAGAGCUAAUGGUCACCAAGGAUUCCUGGCAACAGAUUGGCCUGGAGGCUCAGCGGCAAUUGAACGAGGUGCAAAAAUUAUUCAACCAGAAGAUAGUGGAGGCUGCUCAUAUCCAGAAGAUGUUAGAGGGGGAGGGGAGUCGACAGGAGGAGGCGGAGCGUCAGAACACAGAGCUCAGGGCCACACUCAGAGCUCUAGAGGGGGAGAGGAGCCAAUGGGAGGAGGCGGAGCGUCAGAACACAGAGCUCCGGGCCACGCUUGGAGCUCUGGAGGGGGAGAGGAGCCGACGAGGGGAGAGGCGCCGACGGGAGGAGGCGGAGCGUCAGAACACAGAGCUCCAGGCCACGCUUAGAGCCCUGGAGGGGGAGAGGAGCCGACGGGAGGAGGCGGAGCGUCAGAACACAGAGCUCCAGGCCACGCUUAGAGCCCUGGAGGGGGAAAGGAGCCGACGGGAGGAGGCGGAGCGUCAGAACACAGAGCUCUGGGCCACGCUCGGAGCCCUGGAGGGGGAGAGGAGCCGACGGGAGGUGGCGGAGCGUCAGAACACAGAGCUCCAGGCCAGGCUCAGAGCCCUGGAGAGUGAAAGAGCCAGCCUGGCUCUGGCCCUGGAGGGGAAGGAGCUGAGACUCAGGACCUUCCAGGAGAGAGAUGAUGCCCAGCUGAGUGAGAUCAUCAGCCUGCAGGCAGCCAUUUGCCAAGCUCAACAGCUCCAUUCUGACCACAGAAGAGAGAUACAGGAGCUCAACACACAGGUCCACUCACUCAGGCAGGCAUUGCUAGAGAAAGAGGCUGGUUUAGUGGCCCAUGAGAAGCAGCUGUCACAGGAGGAGUCGCGGGCGGGUGAGCGGCAUUUGAGGGAUUUGCUGCGGACACUAGAGGCAGAGGUGUCUCAGCUGCGCCUUAGCCUUUGCAGCACCGAGAGCCGGGCAGAGGCACUGGCUGUGGAGUGCCACCUCGCCAGCAGUGCCCGCAGUGAAUCAGAGUCCCAGCUGGCCAGGCUGCACACCGUUCUGCAGCACACACUGUGUGGCAGCACUCUGGCAAGUGGAGACCUCGUCACAUGGAGUGCAGAACAGGACCGUGUUUGUGGGCUUACUGGGCCUCAACCUAAGGACCUCCCCAUAGAGCUCACAGCAGAGAAAGUGGCAACAGCCUUCCGGAACCUGCACCAGGACCUGAGGCAGACUCUGCGAGAUCGGGAUGAUGCCAGGAACAAGGCUCAGAAGCUGGAGCAGGAGCUGAGCAAAAAGGAGGCCGAGAGAGACUGUCUCAGAACCCACACCCAAGAGCUGCAGAAGUGGUUGUCCCAAAGCCAGGAAGAGAUGCGGAUGGUAGAAGGGAAGCAGGGCUCACUCCAGGCCAUGCUGCAAGAAGAGGUCAUUGCCCUAAAGAAGGAGGUUGUGACGUUGCAUGGGGAGGUUGCAUCCUUGGAGAGGAGCCUUGAGGGCACCGAGAAGCAAAGAAGAGAUGUUGUGCAUGAACGGGACAUGCUGCAAGCAGCUAAGGAGAAACUGGUACGGGAGAUGGACCUUCUCCAGGAAUCAGUCUCUGCCUCUGAGACUCGGGCAAACAUAGCAGCAAAGAUGAGCCGCUCCCUAGAACAAGAGCUUCAAACAACCCUCUCUGCCCUGAAAAUGAAAAGUGAGGAAGCAGAGACUCAACAGGAGGGAAUCCAAACAUUGCAGAAGGAGGCUGCCUUGGGGAAGGCUUUGCAGGAAAAUCUGGAUCACCUGACUCUUGCCUUAAGCCAGAGAGAUGGAGAAAUGGAAACACUGCAAGAACAGAUUAGCGAGUUGGAGCAGCAGAGAGAAGUGCAAAGAACAGCUUUAGAUCACCUUACUAAAGACCUAGAGGAGAAGGACAGAGAGGUGGAAUCCCAACAAGAACAGAUUCAGGAACUAGAGAAUCAGAGGGAAAUGCAGAAGUCUGCUCUAGAACGACUGACUUUAAACCUAGAGGAGAAAGUAAAGGAAAUUAAAUUCCAGGAAGAGAAAAUCCAGACUCUGGAAGAACAUGGAAGAUCACAAAUGAAAGCUGUGUUGGAGGAGCUCUAUCUGAUCAAAGCAAACUUGAGGGAAAAAGAUUGUGAGCUUAUGUCUCAGAGAAAAGUAGCUGAAGAAUUGAAAGAGGAGGAGAAAAAGCAGGUGAAGGUUCUGCGCACAAGCCUAGAACACAUGAAAACACUUCUCAGGGACAAAGAGAGUGAGAUCGAAUUGCAGCGGGAGCAGAUAAGGAUUUUCCAGCAGUAUGAGGAUCAGCGGGAGGAAGAGCUACAGGACCUGCGGGAGAAAGUAAAACAGAUGACCCUCACUUGGACUCAGAGAGAUCAAGAGCUUGAGUCACAACAAAAGCAAAUUCAGAAUAUUAAGGAAGAGAUGGAAAUGAAGCUAAAGCCUCUUUGUGAACAUCUGGAGCAAACACAAGCAGCCUUAAAAGACAAAGACAGAGAGCUGGAAUUCCAAAUGCAGCAAAUACAGAAACAUGAGGAAGAAGCAGAAGGGCAGAUGAAGGUUUUACAGAGAGAUUUAGAAUAUGCCAAGGAAGCACUAAAGGAGAGAGAUGGAGUGAUUAAGUCUCAGAAAGAGCAGAUCUGGACACUCCAAAAACAAGAAAGAGAAGUUGAGCAACAGGUGAAAACUCUUGACCGUCUUAAAGCAAUAUUAAGGGAGCGAGAGCAAGAAAUCGAAUCCCUGCAAAAGCAAUAUGAGGAGCAUAAGACAGAGGAGGAGAAGCAGGCAAGAGUCAUGCAAGCAAAUCUUCAACAAACACAGGUGACUCUGAGGGAGAGAGAGGGGGAAAUAGAGGCCCUUGAGGAAGAAAUCCAUAAGCUUCAGCAGCAUGAGGAAGAUGCAGUGACACAGACUAAGGCUGUCUUGAAGACAUUGGAAUAUACCAAAUCGUCUCUACAAGCCAGAGACCAGGAGAUAGAGUCUUUGCAAGGGCAUGUCAAGGAGCUGUUAGGGCAGAAAGAGCUGGAAGAAAAGUGUGUCAGAAGCUUACAGCAGGAUCUAGACAGAAUGAGCCAAAUAGUGAAGGAGAAGGAUGUAGAACUCCUCAAGCAGGCGGAGCAAAUUAGCAUAUAUCAACUUCAAGAAAAAAGAAUGCAGGUGGCACUAAAGUCCUGCCAGAACCAAGCAAGUUGUCUAGAGGAAGUUGUAAGAGAGCGAGAGUGGGAGAAUGAGACUCUCAUUCAACAGCUCCAGCACCGAGAGGAAGAGCAGGAGACCCUGCACCAUCUCCAGCUUACACUGGCUGAGAAGGAGGAGAGACAUCACAGAGAGAGAGAGCAGCUUCUAGAAGAAGCCCUGAACAAGAGGGAACAGGAGAUCAAGGCCCAAGAUGAGCGAAAACAAUUGGAAGAGGAGGAGGCAAAGGGUCUUCAAGAAAAUCUCCAGCAUCUCCAGCAGACACUGGCCAAAAAGGAUGAGGAGAUAAAACACCAGAGAGAGCGAGUCAGGGGCCUGGAGGAGACUCUGAGAGGGAGAGAGCAGGAGCUGAGGACACAGGGUGAGCUCCUGAAGCAGCUCACCUCAGCUCUGCAAAGGAGAGCUGGUGAAGGGGAGACUCUAAAGAGCCAAAUCCAGAAACUCCUGAGAUGGGAGACAGAGGAGGCAGCCAAGAGGAAGGUUCUCCAGGAGAGAGACCAGCAGUUGGAAAGGCAGAAGGUGUGGAUCCAACAGCUGGAAGAGGAGAAAAAAGUGAAGGAUCAGGAACUGGAGCACAUGAUGGCUGUUCUGAAGCAGACUGAGAGUGUGGAGAUAGAAUGGAGGGAGAAAGCACAGGCCUUGGCUUUGUCCCUGGCCCAGAGCCAAGCAGCCAGUAGGACCCUGAGGGAGGAAAUGGCUGUCCUACAGUGCAUGGUAUCAGAGCGGGAUAAGGAUCGGCUUCAUCUUCAGGAGCAGCUUGCUUCAGCUCUCAGAGACCUAGAGGAGAGCGUUCCAAACAAGGCUCUGAAUGGAGAUGCGGCUCUGCUGCUUAAAGAGGAGAGAGCAGGGAAACAGCAGGCCGUGGGAGAGGAAGAGGAGCAGCUGGCAGCAGCGGCAGAGAGGAGACUCCUGCAGCAGCGGCUGGAACAUCUGCAGCGAGCUGUCGCAAGGCUGGAACAUGACAAAACUGAGCUGCAGCAGCUCAAUGCCCAACUCAGGAGGACUCUGGAGCAGGUGGAGCAUGAGCGGAGGAGGCUGAAGAGGGACCGUGCUGGCCUCUCACUGCCAGAUGCCUGUGGACUUCCUAUGUCUGACUCUGGGCAGAAUAAGGCAUCAACUUCAGGACAGGAGGAGGCCCGGACUCUCCGUAGGCGACUUGCUGAGUUGCAGAAGCAGGUGUCUCUUCUGCAAACCCAGCUGGUGCUGGAGCGGAAGCACAAGCAGGACUACAUCAAGUGCUGUGCAAAGACCAGCCAGGAGCUGUCAGGCCUACACCAGGAGCUCUCUCACUCCUUAGCAGCUGUGGCCAGGGAGCCCAAGGCUGCUGUUCUAGAAGCAGAAACGCGGAAGUUGGAUGAAUCCCUGAACCACAGCUUGGCCUUGGUGGCUCUAGGGUGGGACGGCCAAUCUCCUGAGAUACACCCUCUGAGUUCCACACCUAGAGCAGCCCAGAAGAAUGAGUUGAGGUAGCAGGAUCAGCAUUCAGCAAAUGGGUCACAACACGGGCAAGGUCCAACGCUACAUGUGGUUUGGCAAUGCCGUUUUCAAAGGUGCCAUGGACAAUAGACUCUUGUCCACCUUGCCGAAGAAUCCUAUGUGGCAGUGGAAAAGGUGGUGAUUGUCUCUUCAAGAGCCAUCCCUUCCGUUUUCAUGGGCCAGACCUCCUCAGGGUUCAGCCUGCCUGCUGACGUGGCUCCGCCUCUCGUAGCCCCAGCCGAAUACCAGUCCUUAGGAACAUUGAACCACAUGGUUGGUUGUGGCACAUGGGAGGAUGGAACCAAUAAGAACAUGGGUUUUCCCCCUUCUUCACAGCCUGUGUAUCCUGGGGAAUGUCCCCAGAGUGCAGAGACCUGCUGCAGGGAGUGAAUUCAGGAGCGUGGGGUUGUGUCAAAGCUGAGACCUAGGGCAGGGGGACAAUAGUGCUCGCUAUGGAAACACUAUAGGCAGCAGUGUUCACCAUGGAAACUUUCCUGCUGGACUAUGCUAGCGCAUCAGAGGCUGGAGCUGGCCUGAGCAGGGCUCAGAGAUUGCAGGCGAGCUGGAAAAAGCCUCUAGGGUUGACUGGCCGCAGCAGAUUGGUGGAAUUUUCCUUUUCUGAAGCACACGAUUGUUGCCUGCCCCAGAAAUGUUGCUGUUACAAAGUGCCCCCAGAGAUUGCCCUCCUGCUGCCUGGAGACCUGCUCCCAAAUGACGUUGUACUGUUUCCCUUUUAGUAAGAGCUCCAGCAGGAGCUGUAUUUUCAGCUUUUACAAUAAAGUUAUUCCCUAUGAAAGAG